AUGAUCAAGACAGGAGACUGUGUUGUGUGCGAAAGUAGCACUCAUUUGUUUAAACAUGGGAAGUAUUUGUGCAACUCUUGUGACUUGUUUUUUCGAAGGUCAAUGGAACCAUGGUCCUUUUUUGGAGACUGCAAGCAUAGUUGGGAUUGCUAUAAAGUAUCUGGUACUAGAAAAAAAUUUCCAAAAUGCAGACAUUGUCGAUUCAAUAAAUGCGUCGACGUCGGAUUGUUAACUGUUUCUCGAUAUACAAAAUUCGCUGAUCUGAUUAAGUAUUUAUUUUGUUUGGAUGCAAACCGAGAACACACGUUCCUCAAUUUCUCGAUUUCUUCGGAUUUUGACACGAACAAUUUUCUUGAUGAAAAACCUACUCGUUUUAUUAAAAAAACACAUGAUUUGACCUUUGAUUGCCAUGGAUGGGCAAUUAUGAAUAAGCUAUCAGCAAUUGAAAAACUUAGAAGUUUAGAUUUUCCAAAAUAUCUAUCAUCUAAAGAUUUGAAAUACUUUUUCAAAGGAGCAUACUUUCUGGAAGCGAUGCUCACGAUGGCAAUGCGAUGCUACUUUUGCAAAGAAGACUUAAUGCAUUUUCCACAUGGAGUUGAUUUAUUUCCGGUUAGUGUCCAAGAGGCUGGGAAAAUCAAACUAAACUUUUUGAACCUUAUCCGGUGCCAGUUAGUUGGAAAAUUUAUUGAAUUGAAGAUAACACGGGAAGAAAUAAUCAUGAUCAGUGCUAUUGCUUUUUCAAAUCCAGCAGUCCCCGAUCUAUCAUUCACUGGUCAAAACCUUCUGAGCUGUUACCAAAAACUGUACACAUCUUCGCUUCUUCAAUAUUGCUUAACGAAAUAUCAGCAAAAUGGGCCAGCAAGGUUUUGUAACCUUGUGGCUGUUCUCAACGUUGCCACUCAGACUUACGAAAACAUUCUUAAAUAUUUAUCUUUGUACCAAUACUUUCAUCCUGAUAAGCAACCUUGUAAAUUUUAUCAAUCUUUUCAACGUCAACUAGACUGAUAUCAUAUGGAUUAUUUUUGAACGAAAAUGAUGAAAUCUUAUCCCGAGAGCUAAUCUUUUUCCUCUUUUUCCAAGAAGACUAACAUAUUUUUCGGUCUGGCUGGUUAUGCGUCCAGUGAGAACAAACUCUAAUUCAUGUUUUUUUUUUAAUUUUUAAUUCAAUUCAUUCAAUAAAAUUGUUUUUGUUUUAAUAAAUGUUCCGUAUUGCGAAAAAUAUUAAAUCAUUUUAAGUUUCAGAGUUUCUUGGUACAUCGUAUGAUGAGCUCAAUAAAUUGUGACGUCUGCAACAAUCCUAUGCGAAUUUUCAACUAUGGGG